ACUUUAAAUGUAUCACCGUGAUCAAAUUUCAAUCAAGAAAACAUAAAUAGUUAAUGGAAAAGUAUAAUGCUGGUAUUUGUCAACAAUUCCGCGUCUGACGACGGGACCAAAAUUUUGUAGUCCUUGAUUGCACACUGGAGAGAUGUCCGAGUCCGGCCACAGUCAGCCUGGCAUGUACGGCCCGGGACGGAGGAGGAGGCGACGCCAGAAUCGAGAGCCGGGCCCCCCUGGACAGAACCUGUCUGGGCCGGGCAGGGAGCGGGAAUAUGUGCCUCGGGAGCGGAGGGAUGGCAGUGAGGAGCCACCGGGGCCUGUCCUGCAGAAGACCCCAAUCAUCUUAGCAAAGCCCCCAGCAGAAAGGACCAAGCCAAGUCAGAGUGCUGCUACAGGCGUCACCCCUUCCCUGGAGAAGCCCAUUAUGCUCAUUAAGCCAAGAGAAGAUGGAGGGAAACCAACAAUGUCUGCUGAUUUGGCUCCUACGGCUCCAGGCCCAGGAAUUGCUAAGUUGGAGAGAGAGGGCCAGCGUCCCACCCAGCCUGUCUACCAAAUUCAAAACAGAGGCAUGGCCUCUGCUGCUUCUAGUGGUACAGUGGAUCCUGUGAUUGGACAGGCUAAGCUUCUCCCUCCAGAGAAAAUGAAGCACAGCAUUAAGCUGGUGGAUGACCAGAUGAAUUGGUGUGAUAGUGCCAUGGAGUAUCUUCGGGACCAGACAGACAUGCUAGUGGUGGGGGCUAUUGGGCUGCAGGGAACAGGCAAAUCUACAGUCAUGUCACUCCUGUCAGCUAACCUUCCUGAAGAUGACCAGAGAGCUUAUGUCUUCAGAGCACAGAGUCAGGAGAUCAAAGAGAGAGGUGGUAACCAAAGCAGUGGAAUUGACUUCUACAUUACCCAGGAGAGAGUCAUCUUUCUAGAUACGCAGCCUGUUCUGAGUCCAUCUAUUUUGGAUCAUCUCAUUAACAACGAUCGCAAGCUGCCCCCUGAGUACAACCUGCCUCACACUUAUGUGGAAAUGCAGUCUUUGCAGAUUGCUGCUUUUCUCUUCACCGUCUGCCAUGUUGUUAUUGUUGUUCAAGACUGGUUUACAGAUGUCAACCUGUACAGAUUUCUUCAGACCGCAGAGAUGCUCAAGCCAUCCACGCCAUCUGCCAGUCAUGACAACACUGGCUCGUCUGGCUCUGAUGAUGGAUCUGAAUAUUACCCCCACAUUGUGUUCCUGCAGAACAAAGCAAAGAGGGAGGAGUUUUGUCCACAAAACCUGAAGAAAAUGCACUUCGUGGUAGACAAACUAAUGGCUCACUCUCACCUGAAAUACAAAGGCACGUUAUCAAUGCUCGACUGUAACAUCUUCCCUGGCCUGGGAAGGGAUUACUUGGAAACAGAAGUCAACUUGUUUCUGCUGCCGGUGCUAGAGACGGAGGCAGAGGAUGGCUUAACAAGAGCAGGGUCAGGUGUGGUCCCACUCUUCUCUCUGCUUCCUGGGUACAGGGGGCAUCCCAGCUUCUCCUCAAUGGUUGCCAAACUGCGCAGCCAGGUCUUAGCAAUGUCCCGCUGCCAGCUCUCCCACACCAUCCUCACAGAGAAGAACUGGUUCCACUAUGCAGCUCGGAUCUGGGAUGGGGUCAAGAAGUCCUCUGCACUCUCUGAGUACAGCCGUCUGCUUUCAUAAUUUUGGACUGCGGGUGUUGUCAUAACUACGCAAACAGUGGAAAAGGCAAACAUUGCCUUUGGCUUAGCUGGGACAUGGGACUGUGUCCUGAGGGCAGCCAGCACUCCUGAAGCAUGAUUGUUGAGAUGCCGUGGAGAAACGAUCAUACAGGAACAUAAGGCACUGUUACCAUUCCUGUUCAAUGGCACUGGUGGUACGUGGAAUGGAUUUGGAAAGAGAAGAUGAAGUUUACUGUUGAUGGGACAGAAUGCAUAUACUAAAAACAGCUUUUAUUACAUAAGGGAACUCAAGUUUGACCUUGGUUCAUAUGUUAAUUGACUAAUAAAAUUUGGACUUUCAAAUGUGAUGUUGUUAUCUUUUAUGUUGGCAACACUUAAUGUUCUGAAAAAUGUAUUUGAAGAGAAUACCUUUUGUCAAUGAUGUGGUUACCAUGUCUGCAGUUACAACAU